UGAGGUUAACGCUUUCCACACUCACAACCUAGCGUGCUGGCUAGCGAGCGAGUGAGCUAGCUUUGCCGACACACAACUUCAAGCUGAGACGAAGCGACGAGAGGAGGAGAGAGCAGAGCAGAGAGGAUGAAGACCAGGGUUCAUAAUAAAAUGUGUUGGAGCCGGGCCCUUAUCAGCUGUUGGACACUGCUGCUGGUCCAGCUGCUGUGUUUGGAGGCAGUGCCCAUCAGUAUGGACAAGACGAAAGUCAAAGAGCCGGAGAAAACACCUGAGGAGCCUCCAGCCAGUGUGGACACUGGACUCCACUACGACCGCUACCUCAGAGAAGUCAUUGAUUUUCUCGAGAAAGAUCAGCAUUUCAGAGAAAAGCUCCACAAUACAGACAUGGAAGACAUCAAGCAAGGUAAGCUGGCCAAAGAGCUGGACUUUGUCAGCCAUCAUGUCAGAACAAAACUGGAUGAAUUGAAGAGGCAGGAGGUAAACCGACUCCGGACUCUGAUUAAGGCCAAGCAAGACCUUGAAGGAGGGAACGAUAUAGCCGUGGACCACCAGGCUCUGCUGAAACAGUUUGAGUACUUGAACCAUAUGAACCCACAUACAUUUGAAGUGGAUGAUCUGGAUCGGCUCAUCAAAUCGGCCACUAAAGAUCUGGAAAACUAUGACAAAGAGAGGCACGAUGAGUUCAAGAGGUAUGAAAUGAUGAAAGAGCACGACAGACGGGAACACCUGAAAACACUGGACGAGGAUGAAAGGAAGAAAGAGGAGGAGCAUUAUGAGGAGAUGAAGAAGAAGCAUGCUGACCACCCUAAAGUCAACCACCCGGGUAGCCAGAAUCAACUGAAGGAGGUGUGGGAGGAAGCUGAUGGCUUGGACCCUGAAGAUUUUGACCCUAAGACCUUUUUCAACUUGCACGAUACCAAUGGAGAUGGCUUUUUUGAUGAGCAGGAACUGGAGGCAUUGUUCACCAAAGAGCUGGAAAAAAUUUAUGACCCCACCAAUGAAGAGGACGAUAUGGUGGAGAUGGAGGAAGAGAGGCUACGUAUGAGAGAGCAUGUUAUGAACGAGGUGGAUUCUAACAAAGACAGGCUGGUCUCUUUAGAUGAGUUUCUGGUUGCUACAAAGAAAAAAGAAUUCUUGGAGCCAGAUAGCUGGGAGACCUUGGAGCAGAACCAGGCUUACACAGACGAGGAGAUGAGGGAGUUUGAGGAGCAUCUUGCUCAGCAGGAACAGGACCUCAACCUGAAAGCUUUUGACCUCCAGAAACAGAGAGACGAGCUGGAGAGGCAACAGGAGCAGCUUAAUGCACAGAAGAUUGAGCUGCAACAGGCUGUUGAGCAUAUGGAACGGUUGAAAUCACAGAAAGUAGAACCCCCUCCAGAGGUUCACGUGGAAGGAAACGCUGUCCCAGAGAUGCAUGCGUUCGACAACCAGCAGCAUUAUGAGCAAGAUGCCCAACCACAAGGACAUGAACCUGCACACCAUGCUCCUCAAGAUACACUUCAGGAACACCAUGAACAACCAGUUGAAGUCCUGGCCCAGCAGGGUCUCCCUCAGACACACCAGGAUCUGCCACCAGGCCACCAAGAAGCAGCACAAGGCCAGCAUAACCUGCCAUAACAAUGCUGUAUGAACUUGAACGUCCACUACCAGACUUUUGCAGCACCUCCACUCCAGCGUGCAGAGGAGCAGUCCCUCCUACAUAUUAGGCCUCUUUAACCAGCAUGACUUAGACGGUUUGGAGGACACUUGAGAUGAAGGAGAGCAGCACAAAUGGAAUUCCCACUGAAUGACACCAGUGUUUGAUUUUUAAAAAAAAAAAAAAAAAACUGUAAUCCUUGGAUUACUUAAUGGUAUAACAAUAGAAAACCAACCACAGAUGUGCAUCUUAAAAUGUGCAAACUUAAAUUUUCAAGGAGUUGUGUUUGAUUACAUUAGAAAAGAUCAAGAAUAUCUGGUAAUAAGAUUAUACAAAAAAUAUAAUUUCAGUGAGCUGUCAUGACCUGCUGUUUGUUGUUCAAAGUAUAGAACCUCUAAAAUGUUGCUGGCUCUACAAACCGAGCCUGUUGGAUACGUAUGACUUUGAUUUUCUGACUUAACUAGUCAGAAUAUCCCCAAAUAUGUUUUUAAAAAAGAGAUUAGUUUACAUGUGUGAUCUGUAGUGGACUGUGUUUCAUUUGAUUGUGUCAAAGAUUUUAGAAAUUGAAUGCAAGAGACAUUUUUAAGAUUUUGUAUUGUAUUAGGAGUAAAAGAGGCACUUCAGCUAUUUUAACCAAUAUACAACAUUUUGAUGCCCUAACCAGACCCUUGACUCUUGAUGCAGACAGGUACAGCGUCAUUAAUCCACAGAUCUUUGAAGAAAACUUAUAUUUCCAUCAUCUCCAGCUGCCACUGUCACCAAAUAUUACACUAUUUUAACCAGAAACCCCCUCAAGAAGCCAGGUUGCUCAAAGUCCUUAUAUUUUUGUCAAGAAAUCAUUUUACCAAUACUUUUGCUACUUUCUACAUGAUGGAUUUUGGUUGCUGUCAGUUGUUUACCUACCUUGAAAUAUCAUCUUCUUCAAGCAUAGUCAGAUUUUUCAGUGCUCAGCCUAAAAAGGCAUCCCGUACAAAAACAGGUCAUUUUUGGGGCCAUACUAUAAAAGCUCUCCGCUGACUUUGACGUUAGAAUAAAGGUGCUAGGUUCAUAAAAUAAAGAUAGCUGUGGAAUAUUCCCCAAUUUCAACAAACAUUUUCCAUACUUCAUCACAGCCCAAAGUCCUGCAGAUACUUAUUAUUUUAAAGUUACUUACAGUAUGUGGCCUCUGAUAUAAUACAUUUGCUUUGGUACACUUAACAGUAUGAUGGGCAUUUUCAAUUUCUAUUUUUCAUGCACAAAAUAAGCAUGUGACAUGUUUAUUUAUUAGUUGAUCAUGCUUUUUCAUUCUUAAUAAUGCUGUGUUUAUCAUUUUCAGUUAAGAUGUAGACUUUACUCUGCAUCGGUUUUCUGCAUCAACGUGUUUUGCUGGAGCAACUGCUGGAUUUGAUAAACUGGUUCGGUAAGAGCAGAGUCUGUUUACGUGUGAUAUCAUAAAAAAACCUCUGGAUUUGUAUUCAGUUCACAUCUUUAUAUUUGGCACCAGGUGUGUAUUACGUGGGCCUAAUUUGCAUCAUCGCAUGGCAUAUUUUUCUGACAGAUUACCAGUCUGGUGUAAUUGUUGUGCUAUCCAGGAUGCUUUUUUUCAUAUACUAUUGUGGUUUCUUUAUGCUGGCACAGUCAUCAAGGCAAACUUGGAUAUUUUGACUGAAAACGGUUCAAUUUGCAUCCAGUAAGAGGUCUGCCUUACUGUGGUGUUAUUUAAUACAUCAUUUAGACAUGGAAUACAUACUGUUCUUUUUUUUUUCGUGGUGUCAUUGUUUUCUGUGUGCCAAGUGUUCUUUUGAGACAAUACUGUAUCGUAAUUUGCACAAAAUGUACAGUGUGUCCGCUGGCUUGCUGAUGGAUAAGAUACAGUCUUAAAACAGUUAUGACAUUUCAGAUUGUGUGACAGAUUUCUUGAAUGACUCAAACUUAAUACAGUGUAAAACAGUGAAGUACAGACAAUUCGUACAUUAAAAAUCCUUUGGCAUUGAAAUAGAAAGCUUCAGUAUGAACACAGCAAAAUGUACUUUAUAGUGUGAUUCAUUUUGAGUGAUGCAUUUGUCUUAACACAGUUUGAUCUUAAAAGAUGUGCUGCGAGUGUGCAGGCUUCAUUUGGCAAGAUACAAUGUUAAAGUCUAAAUGUACACAGUGGUGUGAAACACUACUGGUAAUAAUCGUUUGUCAUUGGUUUGAAGGCUUUAGUGAAGCGCUACCACCAGUCUGACAUGAUACAGAAUUAAGAUAGCAGAGCUUAUAACCUCAGAUGCAUACCGAAGCAGGAAAGUAGUAUCCUUAAACAGAUGGUAAUAGAACACAACUUUAUUGAAACAGUCUCAACCAAUAACAUCAGCGUACAAAGAGGUGAUGGCGCGAAGAGGUGACAGAGGGGUGUAAAAAAAAAAAAAAAA